AUGAACCCGAUCGAGUCCUAUCGCGACCCUGGUCUGGAUGGAUUGCUCGGACCUCAACCGUCUACAACUACUAGAAAGACCAGUCGCCAUUCUCGGCAGCCUUCAAGCGCUGCCCGCGAUGUCUAUGCUCCCACAAACUCGCAAUACGACGCUGGAACGUCCGGCGGUGCUCCUAUAGCUUAUCCUGGCGCAGAUCUGUCUGGACAAGGCCUACAAAGAUCCUUCUCACAAAGAGCAAGAGGCCGUCCAUAUGCAGACGAAGCUUUCGCUGAUGAAGACCUGGCAGAUACUGCUAGAGAUAGACUCGAAAAUGCACAGCAACAGCUUCGCCAGGUGACGGCGCAAGAUCCUCAGACUACACGUGUUGCUCCUGUACCUUCACAUCCGGUCACACAACCAGAUCCUGGCCAAGCAGUACGUAGGCAGCAGAUAAUUCAAGACAACAUUCGCUCGGCUGCCCAAUUGGUCCGCUCACCCAGAGAUAUGGCUGACACAAGUACUUACGACGAGUCUCGACACGAAGUGCCUGGCCUUACAAAAGCACCAACCUUAAAAACUGUUACCAACCAGGCCGAAUCAAGAGACUGGGCCCCGGACCGUUCUCCUUUGCAGAAGUUAGAGGCCACUCUGGACAAUAUUAGCAAGGAGGAAAAGCGAGCUCGUGUGCAAGAGGCUGAGAUGUUACAUCGUGAGAAGACACGCUCACAACGGCCUCCUGAUCGUCAGCCUAACCCUUCCACGAUCGAAGAUGCAGGUAUAGUCCGAUCUCUGAGCAAUACUCAAAGGGAUCGCUUGCACCACAGUACUGUCAUCGAGUCACGACAACCAGAUGCUGCCCGCUUGUCCACAGAUCGACCAGGCUUCGACUACCAGAAUGCCACGUCCCUCCCACGUUCGGUCACCAUCACAAGAAGAUCUCGAGGGGCUGGUGUUGGUCAACCCACUGGCCAGCCUCAAAGAGCUGCUUCUUCGUCUCAUACCUACUCCCCACAAGAUACUGUCUCAGCUACUCCUCAAACACGAAGCGUCUCACUGGCUCACUUCACAGCCAAUCCGAAUCCAGCAAGUACGAUAACAACUCAGCAAGGUCAGAAGUACAGGGCGAAGCCGGUCUACGACUCGGAUCGUAUACCGACAGCACAAGAGAGGAACGCGUCGCAUCGUGCAGCACUAGAGUCAUUGACUGGCCACGCUUUGACCGCCAAAUUGGACAGUGAUCCUAGAAGAACUCGUGAUCCUUCAUACACUGAGCGUAAUGAACCUACUGGACCGUCCAGAAAUCUGGACAAUUUGAACUUGUCCAAUUCCGCACGUUUUCAAUCCACGCAGCAGGCUCCAGCAGUGAUGCGAACCGCAACGCCGCAAGGGCAAUCUAAUCCUGCUGGCCUGGGUUUCCAAGACUCCCCUGGUGUACGCUCCGUUGACUCGGCAACUCCUGCCGAUAAUAUGGCCAAUCCAGUACAAAGACAUAAGCGUCGUUCUAGCGUAUCCUUCAAGGAUCCCUAUGAUCGUCGCAGGCCUCUUGACGAGUGGAAGGCUGCAGAAACUGCACGACUAAGUGCAGACGACUUCGUGCUGGAGCCGAAACAGAAUCCAGAGAGCAACAAGGCAUGGUGGGAAGAGGAUCCCAAAUUCCGCAGGACGAGCAACAGAAGCAGAACACACGCCGUUAAUGAAAGCGCAGCUAUAGACGAUCGUAAUGCAGAGUUCAGACCGAGAUUGUUGCUCAAAUGUGGUCCACUCCUUCGGUACACUGGCAUCAAGCGCACUAUCGGUGAAGGUGCCAAAGAAUACUGGCGAGGUACGGUGAUGAUUGUCACACAGGAUCAACAAUCUUCUUAUGAAAAGCCACCGACACUUCGGCUGUUCUCUCAACCAAAAUCUUUAUACGAUGACCCCCACCUCGACGACGAGACUACACUCGACCGCGAAGAGCACGAUCCAUUGGCCGGUAGCAUCAAAAUGUCACGCAUAGGCAGAGCGCUAUAUGUAAAACCAGCUCACAGCUUGCCGUCAGGGAGAGAUUUGUCUCACAUCGAGACAGACGAUGGCCUGUUCGAUACCUCACCACCUAUUGCAAAUACGAAUGAGCAGUCUGUAGCUGUCACUCCGAUCGACUCUCGACUGAGUGACAACAAUGGCGAGCGCAAUGGACGUUACAAGGAGAUUCGAGGAGUCCGCUUGUACGCUGAUCCAGAUCGUGAUGUGACUUUUUGGCUCUUCAAGAUUGAAGUCCAGCUUGGUAAAGAACAGCAACAUCUGGGGUACAGGAUCAAUGGUGGCGCUGCUUCGGGCUUUUGGGUUCCUUCCGAAGGCCAAACUAUGAAUAUCAUGUUUCAUUCCUGUAACGGGUUCAGCUUGUCCGUUAAUCCUCAUGAGUUUUCCGGACCUGACCCUUUGUGGAGAGACGUUCUUAUCGCGCAUCAGCGUCGGCCAUUCCAUGUCAUGAUAGGUGGAGGAGACCAGAUAUACAACGAUAGGGUCAUGCGUGAUACUCAGCUUUUUGGAGAUUGGACUGCUAGCAAGAAUCCGCAGUAUAAACACAACGCCCCUUUCACAACUGAAAUGAAAGAAGAAUUGGAGACUUUCUACCUGGAUAACUAUAGCCAGUGGUUUUCGCAAGGUCUCUUUGCAAUGGCCGGCUCUCAGAUUCCGAUGGUGAACAUGUGGGACGACCACGAUAUUAUUGAUGGAUUUGGCUCUUAUCCACACCCCUUUAUGAUUUCACCUGUGUUCAGUGGUGUCGGCAACAUCGCAUACAAAUACUAUAUGCUCUUCCAGCAGCACAGUGUCGAAGGUAUGACUUCGACCGAUGAGCCGAGCUGGGUAUUAGGAUACAAACCUGGUCCCUAUAUCAAGCAAUUGAGCAGGAGCAUUUUCCUGAACCUUGGUCGACCUAUUGCUUUCUUAGCGUUGGACUGUAGGACAGAGAGGAUGAAAAACCAGGUCUUGUCACUCGAUACGUGUGAUAUUGCCCUCGAGCGAUGUCGAAAGGAGAUCAUCGAAGGUGAGACAAAACACCUGAUCGUACUGCUUGGUGUACCUAUCGCAUAUCCAAGAAUGAACUGGCUGGAGACCAUACUAACCAGUCGUGCUAUGGAUCCUGUCAAAGCUCUAGGUCGAUAUGGUAUGAUCAAAGGUGGUCUGCUUAAUAAGUUUGAUGGUGGUGUCGAAGUGCUGGACGACCUUGAUGAUCACUGGACAGCACACCACCACAAAGAAGAGCGAAACGAGCUGAUCAAAGAACUUCAAGAUCUUGCUGCAGAGAGGUCAGUCCGUGUGACCAUCCUAGGAGGCGAUGUUCAUCUGGGAGCAAUUGGGCAGUUCUACUCGAAUCCUAGACUCAAGAUACCCAAGGACCGUGACCACAGAUAUAUGCCGAACGUUAUCUCGUCCGCCAUUGUCAACACUCCACCACCCGAGAUGCUAGCGGAUGUGCUCAACAAGCGCAAUAAGGUUCAUCACCUCGACGGCUAUACCGACGAAUCGAUGAUACCUAUGUUCACACACGACGUCGACAGGAAGAAAAGAAAUAAUAAACACCUUCUACCUCGAAGAAACUGGUGCUCUAUUGCUGAGUAUAGACCAGGUAUAACACCAUCGAGUUCACGAUCAACCUCACCAAGUCAGUCGAGUUUCAUCGCGGGAGACGACGAUCCGGCAAUGCCCCAGCCCAAGCGACGUUUUUCGCUUUCUCGCGACGACAUCAACCCUAGAAUGUUAUUCAGAAGACUGAGUUCGCGCAACGCACCACCUACAGCCUAUCGCGAAGAUGGCCAUGCUGGCGAAGAACAAAGAUAUGGAUCUCUUGACGAUGUCCAGUCUGGGCGCAACCCGGCUACACGUCAGAAUGGAAGAUUGGGCAUGAAUCAACGUGCUGCAUCCGAGACCCGAGAUAUAUCUACUCAGGGCGAUUAUGCAUUAGGGGACGAUGAGUUUGCACGUCGUGGUCCACCACCAUUUCGACCCGGUUUCCACCGUCGUCCCACGAACCUUUCUGAAAAAGCUGCUAAAAAAGGUAACAUGCCUGCCAUGGAUGCUGAAGGCAACGAAUUUGACCUCAACGAUCAUGUCAACCUGGACGGUGCGCUUGAUGUUGUGCUCAAUUGCGAAAUCGAUCGAAGAGAUCCAUGCGGUGCGACCGAGCCAUACCGUUUGCUUGUUCCAGCUUUGUGGUAUGAUGGAAGUUCUGACCGAGAAAAGCUAGAGGGUGCUGAAGGCCUCCAGCGCAAGCCCACGCUCAUGAACAAGCUAGGGUUCGGAGGGAAGCGUGGCCAGAAAUCUGCACAAAGUCAGGGUGCCGGCAAUUGGGGUCAGGAAAUGAGCGAUGCAGAGAGUUAUACAGGUAGUGAAGAAGGCGCGGAAGCCAAGCCAAAGGCAAGACUUGGGCUUUUCAGGAGUCUCAGUAAGAAACGUCCGGAAAACAACGACGACCUUGAUCGUAGUGUGCCUGAUCAUCCUACCGCUGCUGGUACUUCCUCGGAGCCAAACGACUACUUUACAGACGCACAUCGACUCUCGUUUCACGAUCAAGUAACAGGUCCUGCAACUAGCGUGCCAAAUGACACGCCAGCUAAAAUGACAUCUCAGGCAGCUCCCAUUGCUUACGAAAUGCCUUCUGAUACUUUCGAAGACCUACAGGGACGAGGUAAAGGGUCGUUCAAUCAACCUCCAAGCCAACCUCGUGACAUGAUGGCGGCUGUACCUCAACGCAUAUCCUCAGGCAAGGGGAAUGUGCUGCGAAAGAAAAGUCAGAAGGCCCCAACAGCCGUUGGUCGUGACCGUCAGCAAAUGACUUCGCCAUCGCAACCGCAAUAUCAAACAUACGAUUCACGACCUCAGCCUCAGACUCAAGCUCAAAGGACAGCCGGACAAGCUCAAGGCUAUCCACAGUCUUCGUUCUCAACUAUCGAAUCCAUCCCUGCAAAUCCAGUUCGAAGAGGUUCAUACACGAUCGGUACGAAUAGAUCUAGCUCGCUUCGUCAACCUUCCGGCACUGAAUCAUCGUAUGCAAAUCAGCAACAACGACAAGCACCUCGAGCCGUUUCAACUCCCACAGGGCCACCUUCAUCGUACCCAGCUCAGGGUACUGGAGUCAGCGCGGAUUCUCUUCCACGCAGCUCAUCCCUGCGCGGGCCAAGCAGUGGAAUGGCAGGUAAUCAACGUCUCAGCAAGCAAGAGCAAGUUCUAGGCAUAGGUACAGACCACGACGCCUACUCAGGAAAUCCGCAGCAACGCUCUCUCCGUGGGAAUGGUAUUCUUGGACGUACGACUGAUCAAGACGUGUUUCCAGAUCGUCCACAGCAGCGCUCCCAAAGAAGAAACAGCAUACUUGGCCGCUUUGGACUAAGUAGGUUCCCACCAAGUGCAGAACAGGUCCCUCAAGUACAACAACCACAAUCGCAACCACAACCGCAAUCGCAACCACAGUAUACAGAGGCUCAUACAAGCUCUGGAGCACGCGAAGACUUCCCCACGCCGACACGUACAACGAGCCAAGGCUAUAAUGGCGUCGAAGCAUACCGCGAAAAGCCAAAACGCGGCCUCAGCCUCCGCGACCGUGCCAGAAACUUCAUCGACCGUGUCGAAGGCCGCAAUAAACGCGAAGACGAUUACGACGACGGCCAAUACCCAUACAGUGACGAUGUCGGAGAGACACAGCCCAGACAACUCGGACAAUCCGGCCAGGCAGACCACCACCAACACCAACAUCAGCACCAAAACGCAUAUCACCACGACCAAGACGACGACAACAUGGACGACGAACAAGACCGCUACAGCGACGAACCAAGCUACUUCUCCGACGAGGAGGAGCCAAUCGAUACCAAGCCGAAACGUGGACUGAGUCAACGCUUCAAGGGCAUGAUGAGGAUGGGGUCGAAUAGAGGGAAUAAUCGGCGAGCAGAUAUGGCUGCUGAGGAGGAGGAGGAGGGGAUUGGCGAUAGUGCUGGUGGUGGGGGGAGAGGAGGGAAUAAAUACUAUUGA